AAAGCCACAUUGAGAAGCAUCUUCGCCCAUUCCUUUCCAUUUGAGCAUUCAAACACGUUCAUCCCACAGUUUCCAUUUCCACUCAACAACAAUCAAACUAAACCCUUUUCAAUUCCUUUCUCCAUCCAUCUUCUAAUCUUUAUAAACACCACAUAAUAUCCUCAAUUCUCCCCAAUUCUCAAACUAUGUUAAUCCAAACCCGUCAGGUCUGGGAUCUCAAUCUCCUUCAUGAAUUCAAUCUCAUCACUCAACUCCUCCACCGCUACCCUUUCAUCUCCAUCGACACUGAGUUCCCAGGCGUCCUCAUCCGCCCCACCCUCCACCGCCACCCUCUCCGCCCUUCCGAUCACUACCUCCUCCUCAAGUCCAACGUCGACGCUCUCAACCUAAUCCAACUCGGUCUCACCCUCUCCGACGCCCACGGCAACCUCCCCACACUCGGCACCAAAAACUCCUUCAUCUGGGAGUUCAAUUUCAGGGAUUUCGACGUUGCACGCGACCCCCACGCCCCGGAUUCCAUCGAGCUCUUGAAACAACAGGGGAUUGAUUUCCACCGGAACAGAACUCAUGGGGUUUGCUCCUCCCGGUUCGCCGACUUGGUGAUGUCAUCCGGUCUUUUGUGCAAUGACUCCCUCACUUGGGUUACCUUUCACAGCGCCUAUGACUUUGGUUACUUGGUUAAGAUUCUCACCCGGACCAAACUGCCGUCUCGGCUUCAGGAUUUCUUGAACAUUCUCAAGGGGUUGUUUGGGAAAAAGGUUUAUGACGUGAAGCAUAUGAUGCGGUUCUGUGAUGGGCUUUAUGGGGGUUUGGACCGCCUUGCUAAAACGCUUGAUUUGGACCGGGCGGUUGGGAAAUCCCAUCAGGCCGGUUCUGAUUCCCUCCUCACAUUCCAAGCUUUUAAGAAGAUGAGUGAUGUUUACUUCUCAAAGGAUGGCCCGGACAAGCACGCCGGCGUCUUGUUUGGUUUAGAAUUGUAUUGAAUUAUUAAUUAAGUAUAUACAUAUAUAAAUAAUAUUCAAUUUAUUAUUUCAUCAUUACUAUUAUUCCAUGAAAUAUUUUUGUACUGAAUGUGCAUUUAUUGGGCUUAUGGCCCAUGGAAUAAAUGGACUUGUUCCGUUGAGGCUGAAUGUUGGUUGGGCCCAGACAUUAUGUAUGGGUUGCCAGUCUCAUGAGAGAGACCAAAGCCCGUCUACUCACCCUAGGGCUUUUCGUACAAGUGGUUGCAAAUAUAAUUGCAAAAUAAUCCAUUA